GUAUUUCCGUGGCUCUCCAACGCCUCUGACAAUCAGCCGGAAUUUUCUGGUCAUCACUACCGAAAAAUCUUGGUAUCAUUGUCGCACUUCGGUUCCAUAGUGAAGCCGACGAACCAUUCACGUCAUUUGCCGUUCUCCGACGCGCCACCGUCCUGAGUGUAAUUGGAAGAUGCCCAGGAAGAGGGAAAAUGAUGCUAGCGGGAUUGAAGAUGGGUAUUCAAAGAAGCUAAAAGUGGCAGAAGAUCAGUCAUCGCCAUCCCCUUCUCGCCUUGGUUUUGAGAACCCACUAUUACCCUUAGCUAACACAUAUGAUGAUGAUGAGGAGGAUGAGGAAGAAAAUGGGAGAAGGGUACUUAAUGCUGAUGGUGGAGGAUACAGUAGAGCCAAGGAUGAACGAAAUGGUAAUGGAGCUCAAGAAGAUGGGGAUGAUGAGGAUGAGGAUGACUAUGGUGAUCAGGGGAUUGGUCAAGGGAAACGAAACAGAGUUGUUGAAUUGCGGAGGGACUGCCCAUAUCUUGAUACUGUUAAUCGUCAGGUUUUGGAUUUUGAUUUUGAGAAGUUUUGCUCUGUUUCACUGUCAAACUUGAAUGUGUAUGCUUGUUUGGUUUGUGGGAAGUAUUACCAAGGAAGAGGACAGAAGUCCCAUGCAUAUACUCAUAGUUUGGAAGCAGGCCACCAUGUCUAUAUCAACCUUCGAACAGAGAAAGUUUAUUGUCUUCCUGAUGGAUAUGAAAUUAAUGACCCAUCAUUGGAUGAUAUCCGUCAUGUGCUAAACCCAAGGUUUACCGAGGAACAAGUAGAACAGCUCGACAAAAAUAAGCAGUGGUCUAGGGCAUUGGAUGGUUCAGACUACCUGCCAGGAAUGGUGGGUUUGAAUAACAUUAAGGAGACUGAUUUUGUGAAUGUCACAAUUCAGUCCCUAAUGAGAGUUACUCCAUUGAGAAAUUUCUUUCUUAUGCCUGAAAACUAUCAACACUGUAAAUCUCCACUUGUCCAUCGAUUUGGAGAACUCACAAGAAAGAUUUGGCAUGCUCGAAACUUUAAAGGACAGGUGAGCCCACAUGAAUUUCUGCAAGCAGUUAUGAAAGCCAGUAAAAAGCGUUUUCGUAUAGGCGCACAGUCCAAUCCUGUUGAAUUCAUGUCAUGGCUUCUUAACACACUGCAUGCAGAUCUUAGAACAUCAAAGAAAAAUACCAGUAUCAUCUAUGACUGCUUUCAGGGGGAAUUGGAGGUUAUCAAGGAGAUUCCUGGUAGUGCAAUCACCGAGAAGAAAGAAAAUGGUGAUGACCAUAGUACUUCUCAAAUAACUGAUGGUGGAAGUGAACAUAGUACUAUUGUGACAGAAACUUCUAGAAUGCCAUUCCUGAUGCUUGGCUUGGAUUUGCCACCACCGCCUCUUUUCAAAGAUGUGAUGGAAAAAAAUAUCAUUCCUCAGGUUCCAUUAUUUAAUAUAUUGAAGAAGUUUGAUGGGGAAAUGGUGACUGAGGUUGUUCGUCCUCGGGUGGCAAGGAUGAGAUAUCGUGUCACGAGAUUACCACAAUAUUUGAUCCUUCACAUGCGGCGCUUCACAAAGAAUAACUUUUUUGUGGAAAAGAAUCCUACUUUGGUCAACUUUCCUGUGAAAAAUUUGGAAUUGAAGGACUACAUUCCUUUGCCAACACCGAAAGAGAAUGAGAAAUUGCGUUCCAAGUAUGAUUUGAUUGCCAAUAUUGUUCAUGAUGGUAAACCUGAGGAGGGAUUCUACAGGGUUUUUGUGCAGCGGAAGUCAGAAGAAUUAUGGUACGAGAUGCAGGACCUGCAUGUUUCAGAAACUCUUCCUCAAAUGGUUGCACUCUCUGAGGCUUAUAUGCAGAUAUAUGAGCAGCAGCGAUAGAAAAGAAUUGAGCCUCCAAUGGUGAAUGUUAAAUUUGACUGCUUCAAGUUGCUAUUUAGACGAGUUCAAAUUUGUGUAUUUGAGGAAGUAUAAAAAGACUGAAAAAGGUGUCGACUCUUUUGGGCUAGCAGAUAUGUCAUUGUAGAAGCAGUGCCCUUAGUUUAGGCUUAGAAAAAUGUUGAGAUCUUGUAGAAAUCAUUUAACACUUUAGUUUUAAUGCACUGGAAAUCAUUUGCUGCUUCAA